UGCAAACUGUCAACAACAGCGAGUCGAGCGUUCCAAAGCAGCAGCAGCAGCAGUAGCAGCAGAAGACCUUUUUAUGGCGCCGACUGCCCAUCGUUUCUGCAAAUGGAAGAAAGAACUACAAUCGUAUAACUGGAGCUUUUGCUGAAUAUUCAGCCAAACAAAAUAACAAUCAGCUGAACCAAUACUAGAAAAUAAAAGACGGAGCAACGCUGCAGCCCCUCUCUUCCUUCAGUCCCGUCCUUUCUGUCUCGCCACCUUGACCUGCCUCUGCUGUGCAGUCGAAGCAGCGGGGUCCUCGUCCCUCGCCGCAGGCCUCGGGCCCUCCCAUCGGCGGCCCGCUCCGGCCGUUUGCUGGUGUCUGAUGGCGCGGUGGGAUGCUAAGGGCAGCCGCGGGAGACUGUGAUGUCAGAGCCCAACAGCCCGGGCGAGAGCCAGCGUGGCGCUCCCAGAUUCUACGUGGGCUGCGAGGACGAUGAGAGCGAGGUGCAGGAGGACAGCAUGAGGACAGACAUGGACCUGUAUGAGGAUGACGAAGACACGCCCCCGGAGCGACAGAUCGUGGUGGGGAUCUGCUGCAUGAUGAAGAAGUCCAAGUCCAAGCCAAUGACCCAGAUUCUGGAGAGGCUGUGCCGGUUCGAGUACAUCACCGUGGUCAUCUUCCCAGAGGACACCAUCCUCAACGAGCCUGUGGACAAAUGGCCGCUGUGUGACUGCCUCAUCUCCUUCCACUCCAAAGGAUUCCCUCUGGACAAUGCGGUGAGCUACGCCAAACUGAGGAGCCCUCUAUUCAUCAACGACCUGAACAUGCAGUACUAUAUUCAGGACAGGAGAGAAGUGUAUCGGAUCCUGCAGGAGGAGGGGAUCGAGCUGCCGCGUUACGCUGUGCUGAACCGCGACCCAGCUAAACCAAAUGAGUGUAACCUGGUGGAAGGGGAGGACCAUGUGGAGGUGAACGGGGAAAUCUUCCAGAAACCUUUUGUGGAGAAGCCCGUUUGUGCUGAGGACCACAACGUCUACAUCUACUACCCCACAUCAGCAGGCGGCGGCAGCCAGAGACUCUUCAGAAAGAUCGGGAGCCGGAGCAGCGUCUACUCUCCAGAGAGCAGCGUGAGGAAGACUGGCUCCUACAUUUACGAAGAGUUCAUGCCGACUGAUGGCACGGAUGUUAAGGUGUACACCGUCGGGCCGGACUACGCCCACGCCGAGGCCCGGAAGUCUCCUGCGCUGGACGGGAAGGUGGAGCGCGACAGCGAGGGGAAGGAGGUCCGUUACCCCGUCAUACUCUCGGCCAUGGAGAAACUGGUGGCCCGGAAAGUCUGCUUGGCUUUCAAGCAAACGGUGUGCGGCUUCGACCUGCUCCGAGCCAACGGACACUCCUAUGUUUGUGACGUGAACGGUUUCAGCUUCGUCAAGAACUCGAUGAAAUACUAUGACGACUGCGCCAAGAUCCUCGGGAACAUCGUGAUGCGAGAGCUGGCGCCUCAGUUCCAGAUUCCCUGGUCGAUCCCAACGGAGGCAGAGGACAUCCCGAUUGUUCCCACCACUUCAGGGACCAUGAUGGAGCUACGCAGUGUCAUCGCCGUCAUCCGUCAUGGAGACAGAACGCCCAAACAGAAGAUGAAGAUGGAAGUUCGCAACCCCAUGUUCUUUGAUCUGUUUGAAAAAUAUGACGGAUACAAAACAGGAAAGUUGAAACUCAAGAAGCCGAAACAGCUGCAGGAGGUCCUGGACAUCACCCGGCAGCUGCUGAUUGAUCUGGGGCAGCGCAACGACUGUGAGAUCGAAGAAAAGAAGUCCAAACUGGAGCAGCUGAAGACGGUUUUAGAAAUGUACGGCCACUUCUCUGGGAUCAACAGGAAAGUGCAGCUGACUUACCUGCCCCAUGGGCAGCCGAAAACCUCCAGCGAAGACGAAGACACACGUAAGGAAGGCCAGUCCCUGCUGCUGGUGCUGAAGUGGGGAGGAGAGCUGACACCUGCUGGCCGGGUGCAGGCGGAGGAGCUGGGCAGAGCCUUUCGCUGCAUAUACCCUGGAGGUCAAGGAGACUAUGCUGGAUUUCCGGGCUGCGGGUUGCUACGGUUACACAGCACCUACAGACACGACCUGAAGAUCUACGCGUCGGAUGAAGGCCGGGUGCAGAUGACGGCGGCUUCCUUCGCAAAGGGCCUGCUGGCUCUGGAGGGGGAGCUGACGCCCAUCCUGGUGCAGAUGGUGAAGAGCGCCAACAUGAACGGGCUGCUAGACAACGACAGCGACUCGCUGAGCAGCUGCCAGCACCGCGUCAAGGCCCGGCUGCACGAGAUCCUGCAGCGGGACCGCGAGUUCAACGACGAGGACUACGACCGGCUGGCCCCGACCUGCGCUACGUCUCUUUUGAAUUCAAUGAAAACAGUGAAGAACCCGGUGGCCACAUGUGAUGAGGUCUACACGCUCAUUCAGAGCCUCACCUCUCAGAUCCGCACCAGAAUGGAGAACCCAAACUCUUCCAACCUGCAGCUCUACCACAGCGAGACUCUGGAGCUGAUGCUGCAGCGCUGGAGCAAGCUGGAGAAGGAUUUCCGCAUGAAGAACGGCCGCUACGACAUCAGCAAGAUCCCCGACAUCUACGACUGCGUGAAGUAUGACGUCAUUCACAACGCCACGCUCGGCCUGAAGGACACGCAGGAGCUGUUCCGGCUGUCGCGAGCGCUAGCCGACAUCGUCAUCCCGCAGGAGUACGGCAUAAAUAGAGCUGAGAAGCUGGACAUAGCUUACGCUUACUGCCUCCCUCUGGUCAGGAAGAUCCAGCUUGACCUGCAGAGGACGCACGGAGACGAGUUUGUCAACAAGCUUCAUCCUCUGUAUUCUCGUGGCGUUUUGUCACCCGGCCGUCAUGUCAGGACUCGGUUAUAUUUCACCAGUGAGAGCCACGUCCACUCCCUGCUCAGCAUCUUCCGAUACGGAAGCCUGCUCGACGAGGAGAAGGACCAGCAGUGGAAACGCGCCAUGGAUUACCUCAAUGAGGUCGCCGAACUCAACUACAUGACGCAGAUUGUCAUCAUGCUCUACGAAGACAACAAUAAGGACAUUUCCUCUGAGGAGCGGUUCCACGUGGAGCUCCACUUCAGCCCCGGCGUUAAGGGCGUGGACGAGGACGAGCACGUGCCGCAUGGAUUCGGCUUCAGACCCGCCUCAUCAGAGGUGACGCGACAGAACGGGCAGAAGAAGGAGGAGCGCAGCAGUCUGGAGGACCUGACGCGAGACGAAACGGACCGCGCCGUUCCCGCAUCGGAGCCGAUCACCAUUCAGAAGCGGUCGCCGCUCAUUCGCAAUCACAAAACCGGAUCAAUGGAGGUCCUCUCAGAAACCUCCUCCUCUAAAGUCGGCAACUACCGUCUCUUCUCCAUCUCACGUCAGUCUCCAGAGAUGAAACAAAGCGGCUUAGGCUCUCAGUGCGCCGGACUCUUCAGCACCACCGUCCUCGGUGGCUCCUCUAGCGCCCCUAACCUGCAGGACUACGCACGUGCACACCGCAAAAAAUACUCCACCACCAGUCUGUCCUACAAAGACGAGCAAAUUAGAAGAGAUGAGGCCAGGAGAAUUGAGAGGGGAAGGAAGCAGGGAGCAGCAAUAGAACAAAAGAGAAGAGAUCAGGUCAGGAGGAUUGACAGAGGAAAGAAACUUGACUCAGUAUCAGAACUCAGUAAAAGAGAGGCGGCCAAGAAAAGAGAGAAGGAUAAAAAAGAGGAAUUAGUAGAACUCAGUAAAAGAGAGGUGGCCAAAAAAAGUGAGAAACGAGAGAAACGUUGGAAAAGUGAGACAGAUAAAACAGAGGAAUCAGAAUACAGUGGAAAAGAGGAGGCCAAGAAACGUGAGAAAAGAGAGAGGGAUAAAAAAGAGGAACCAGAACUCAGUAAAAGAGAGGUCGUCAAGAAACGUGACAGAAGUAAAACAGAGGAAUCGGAACAGAGUGGAAAAGAGGAGAGUAAGAAAAGUGAGAAACGUGAAAAACGUGAGAAAAGAGAGAAAAGUGAGGAGGAAAAAAAAGAGGGAUCAGAACUCAGUAAAAGAGAGGAGGCCAAGAAAAGUGAGAAACAUGAGAAAAGUGAGACAGAUAAAACAGAGGAACCAGAACAGAGUGGAAAAGAGGAAACUAAGAAAAGUGAGAAAACAGAGAAACCAGUACAACUAGGGAAAAGAGAGGUGGCCAGGAAAAGUGAGAAACGUCAGAAAAUUGAGGAGGAUAAAAAAGAGGAACCAGAACAGAGUGGAAAAGAGGAGGCCAAGAAAAGUGAGAAAACAAAGGAACCAGAACAGAGUGGAAAAGAGGAAACUAAGAAAAGUGAGAAAACAGAGAAACCAGUAGAACUCAGUAAAAGAGAGGAGGCCAAGAAAAGUGAGAAACAUGAGAAAAGUGAGACAGAUAAAACAGAGGAACCAGAACAGAGUGGAAAAGAGGAAACUAAGAAAAGUGAGAAAACAAAGGAACCAGUACAACUAGGGAAAAGAGAGGUGGCCAGGAAAAGUGAGAAACGUCAGAAAAUUGAGGAGGAUAAAAAAGAGGAACCAGUAGAACAGAGUGGAAAAGAGGAAACUAAGAAAAGUGAGAAAACUGAGGAGGAUAACAAAGAGGAACCAGUAGAACUCAGUAAAAGAGAGGAGGCCAAGAAAAGUGAGAAACAUGAGAAAAGUGAGACAGAUAAAACAGAGGAACCAGAACAGAGUGGAAAAGAGGAAACUAAGAAAAGUGAGAAAAGUGAGACAGAUAAAACAGAGGAACCAGUACAACUAGGGAAAAGAGAGGUGGCCAGGAAAAGUGAGAAACGUCAGAAAAUUGAGGAGGAUAAAAAAGAGGAACCAGUAGAACAGAGUGGAAAAGAGGAAACUAAGAAAAGUGAGAAAACAAAGGAACCAGUAGAACUCAGUAAAAGAGAGGAGGCCAAGAAAAGUGAGAAACAUGAGAAAAGUGAGACAGAUAAAACAGAGGAACCAGUAGAACAGAGUGGAAAAGAGGAAACUAAGAAAAGUGAGAAAACAGAGGAACCAGUAGAACUCAGUAAAAGAGAGGAGGCCAAGAAAAGUGAGAAACAUGAGAAAAGUGAGACAGAUAAAACAGAGGAACCAGUAGAACAGAGUGGAAAAGAGGAAACUAAGAAAAAUGAGAAAACUGAGGAGGGUAACAAAGAGGAACCAGUAGAACUCAGUAAAAGAGAGGAGGCCAAGAAAAGUGAGAAACAUGAGAAAAGUGAGACAGAUAAAACAGAGGAACCAGAACAGAGUGGAAAAGAGGAAACUAAGAAAAGUGAGAAACAUGAGAAAAGUGAGACAGAUAAAACAGAGGAACCAGUAGAACUCAGUAAAAGAGAGGAGGCCAAGAAAAGUGAGAAACAUGAGAAAAGUGAGACAGAUAAAACAGAGGAACCAGUACAACUAGGGAAAAGAGAGGUGGCCAGGAAAAGUGAGAAACGUCAUAAAAUUGAGGAGGAUAAAAAAGAGGAACCAGUAGAACAGAGUGGAAAAGAGGAAACUAAGAAAAGUGAGAAAACAGAGAAACCAGUAGAACUCAGUAAAAGAGAGGAGGCCAAGAAAAGUGAGAAACAUGAGAAAAGUGAGACAGAUAAAACAGAGGAACCAGAACAGAGUGGAAAAGAGGAAACUAAGAAAAGUGAGAAAACAGAGGAACCAGUAGAACUCAGUAAAAGAGAGGAGGCCAAGAAAAGUGAGAAACAUGAGAAAAGUGAGACAGAUAAAACAGAGGAACCAGUAGAACAGAGUGGAAAAGAGGAAACUAAGAAAAGUGAGAAAACAAAGGAACCAGUAGAACUCAGUAAAAGAGAGGAGGCCAAGAAAAGUGAGAAACAUGAGAAAAGUGAGACAGAUAAAACAGAGGAACCAGUACAACUAGGGAAAAGAGAGGUGGCCAGGAAAAGUGAGAAACGUCAUAAAAUUGAGGAGGAUAAAAAAGAGGAACCAGUAGAACAGAGUGGAAAAGAGGAAACUAAGAAAAGUGAGAAAACAGAGGAACCAGUAGAACUCAGUAAAAGAGAGGAGGCCAAGAAAAGUGAGAAACAUGAGAAAAGUGAGACAGAUAAAACAGAGGAACCAGUAGAACAGAGUGGAAAAGAGGAAACUAAGAAAAGUGAGAAAACUGAGGAGGGUAACAAAGAGGAACCAGUAGAACAGAGUGGAAAAGAGGAAACUAAGAAAAGUGAGAAAAUUGAGGAGGAUAAAACAAAGGAUCCAGUAGAACUCAGUAAAAGAGAGGAGGCCAAGAAAAGUGAGAAACAUGAGAAAAGUGAGACAGAUAAAACAGAGGAACCAGUAGAACAGAGUGGAAAAGAGGAAACUAAGAAAAGUGAGACAGAUAAAACAGAGGACUCAGAAGAUGGUGGAAAUGCUGAAGAUGAAAAUAGAAAGAAAGACAGUGCACCAGAAGAUGAAGAUCCUGAGUUGUUGUCUAUGCCGGCAGUAAAACGAUUUUCUGUGUCGUUUGCAAAGCAUCCGACUAAUGGGACACAAGACGACUCGUCCACCGUCGCAUCGUCUGCGUCCCCCUUGUGCAGUUGGACAGAGUCCGUGGAGGAACACCAUGUGGCCCAGUUGUUGAGGUUUUUAUCCACCGACCUCAGCUCGGGCCGCCGCCAGCUCUCUCUGGACCACGCUCUGGCCCACCACCUCCACCAGUGCUCCUACCACCUGCGCCUCUUCCGAAACUGGCUCAUCUCCGGCCAGGACCCCCUAGAGUGCCUCCACGGCUUCGAAGGAUGCUCCAUGGUGCCCUCCAUCUACCCGCUGGAGACGCUGCACAACUCGCUGUCACUCAGGCAGGUCAACGAGUUCCUCACCAGAGUCUGCGAGAGCGCCGGGGAUACGCACACCAGGACCUCCAGAGCUCUGUCGGCCAUGUUGGGCGCUCACAAUCAGCCAGACAUCCCUCAGAGGAUCCUGACGACCUCCAUGUCGCUCAAAUCUCGCUCCGACAGACCUCCGUGGUACAGCAGCGGUCCGUCCAGCACGGUUUCCAGCGCCGGCCCGUCCUCCCCCACCACGGCCGACACUUCACCGCGGUUCAGCUUCAGCGACAAGGUUUCGCUCACCCCGCAGAGCAGCGAGGAAACCCACUCCUCCCAAAACGCCUCCGCCCAGCCGCUGCCCGCCGAAGUCCCGCUGACUCCAAACAACUCCCCAGAGGAAGAACCCGAACCCGACAAGCAGCCCGACGACCCAGAACCGGCGGCGGACAGACAGGAGGCGUCCUGCGACGCUCUAGAGCCAGUCCCGGAGCAGGGGCCGGCCUGCGUGGCGCUGGCGGAGCUGAGUCUGGGCCGCAUGGAGAGCUACUGCCUGCCCGGGUCGCUGCCGGUGCUGCUGGAGCUGAGGGAGAGCAGCAGCGAGGCCGGGUCCAGCUCGCAGACGCCCCAGUCCCCUGAGGGGCCCGACGAGUUCUUCGACACGCAGGAGUCCGUGGAGCUGUGGACGGACAGUCCCGAAAACGCCCCGCAGCCCGACACCGCCCAGGACCCAGAGCCAGCUCAGCCGGUGGAGCAGUGAACUGGCCGGUCCAGUCCGACCGGGUUUUUAAUCUAAGCUCAUCUGUUACUUACUGACAGCAGCCAUUAGGUGAAAAACCGAGCAGAGAGUCUUAAUAGCUGGGAGAAUAUAAUAAAUACUACAUUUUAAUUUGGUUUGGAAGUAGAAACACUUGUAUGUGACCAGCUGAGCAGAUCUCUGGCGUUUAAGCAUUUUACUGCCGCUGUCUGUCCUACACUGCAAAAACACAAAAUACUAAGCAUUUUUGGUUGAGUUUCUAAUGCAAACAUCGUAAUACUUGAAAUAGGAAAAAACUAAUUUACAAACAACUUUUCAGCAAGAAAUAAGAUGUUUUAGGUAAACAUUUUUUUAUAUUGAUCUUAAAAAGUAUUACUACGAUUGGCAAAUUAUUUCACUUAUAACAAAACAUUUUCCCAUGUCAAAAGUUAAAUAAUCUGCCAGAGGAACAAGUACCUUUUUGUCAAUAUUAAGGAAUUAUUGACUUAAACCAACUGCUAUAUUUUGCUGAAAAUGUGUUUGUAAGUUAGUUUUAUAUUAAGAUUUUUGGUCUAGAAAGUAAACCACAAGUUCUUGGUAAUAUUCUGUGUUUUUGCAGUGAAUUCUCACUGAGUUUUGUUUUUCGUCAGAGUUGCUGAGAAUGUUUGUAAUCUGUAAGAAAACUGAACCAUCCUCAGUGCUAAUGGGGUUUUUUCAGUGUGCACCGCUGAUCGCCAAAGUCCUUAACCCUCAGUGAAGAUUUAAUUUAGAGAAAAACACAGAUUUAUUUUAAAAAAGAAAUAAAAUAUUUUUAAGAACCUGCACAUUAGAUAUUUAACUGUAUAACAUAUUCAUGGCUUUGGGUGUGUGUGUAUUUUUGUUAAAAACACAUUCAAGCCUCAUUUUAUCACUGAACAAAAAGGAGGGCAUUUUACAUUCAUUGUGCUUUUUAUUGUGAGCAGCGAUGUAGCACAAAGAGGCAUGCUAGCUUCCGCAGCGCUGUGUGCUGUCCUGGUACAUUUCAAUGAACUGUAGAAAAUUAAACUGUGAGUCUGCGAUCUUACUGUGUGUACAGAUAAAACACGACAUCAAUGUGAUUGGUGUCAAAUUUCUGGUCAGUUGACUCAAAUAAACAUUUUGGACUUAUC